CUGAAGCUUACAUUCUUCGUGUUUCUUUGUACUGCCUAGCAUAUCUGCUUGCUUCUACCUGUCCUUGACGAGUGUGGAGUGUGGUUAUCCAUGUUUGACAGAGUGAAAGAAUGUGAAUAUGCCAUUUUUUUCUGCUUCCAUGAUGAAAAGGAGCGAAGAACUUGAAUUCAGUUUUACGAACACUGAUUCUGCUAACCGUGACAUGAUUGCUGGUGAUUGUUACCAUAAUGAUACAAUCCCCACUAUACCUUACGUUUCAGUGUCUCGUUUUACCCACCGGAAUUUGAAUGAAACAUCUCAAUAUUAUAGCAGGGAACCAGCUGGAGGUAAUUCAAUGAUUGAUUCCUCUCGUUUCAAAAGUAAUCAGAAUUUGCAGAUGGACCAUAAUUACUCGCACAAAGGACAACAUAAUUCCGUUCCAUGCAGACAAGAUUCUCGUUUUCCAUGUCCAGAAGGAUAUGUAGGGUGGCCAUAUCAAUCUACUAGGCGUGAUAAUCUAACAAUCCCUAAUGAUGCGAUGAGUGCUGCCUUCAAUCUAAAUAAGUUUGAUAAGCCUGAUAGUGGUGGAAAAUGUUUGACACCAAGUUAUGGUUCGUCCAGCAGGCCACAAAUGAUCAACCCUAACGGAAUAGCAAUGAGAGGUAAUAUUGGUCAGCCUCCACUAGAUAUGAAUUUGGGAAUGACUCCAUUUAAUCCAAAUCAAGAUGGUGCAGAGUCAUUGUUUGCUAUAGGAAAACUUGAUGAAAGUUUAAACAUUGGUUCUGGAAGUAACAGAGAGUCAAAAUCCAGUGCUGUACUACCAAAAAUCAACACGACUGAUACUUCUGAGAGGGUAUUUCUUCCUCCAAUCAAUACCUAUCACAAUCAACUGGGUAGCAGAAGUUUCACAAACCCUGGUUCAGACAUGAAUAGUGCCUUUUCUGGUUUUCAGAAUGACAGUGAAAUCGAAUCUGAUUUAGCACAUACCGGCAAACAUGAAGCUCUGUUAGAUUCUAGAUCUGGUUUACGUUUGGGACCAUCAUAUGCUUUCCAAAGGCCAGCUGCUGGUGACCAAAACCAUUAUUUAGGGCAGGCCAACAGGGAUUUAGGUCUUGGAGAUGUGAAAGACAUAGGUAUGGAAUCUGUAGAUGUAGGUCACAAAAUUGGCCUUGAAAGAUGCAUGGUUCUACCUUCAUUGCCAUUUUUUGGCAGUCAAAUUAUGCCUAGUGAAAGUGGACAGACCAGGGGAAAUGGACAGCUAGCUCUCUCUUCAAUCAGAAUGGUAACUAAUAAGUUGCCUGCUGAGCUUUUACCUAAAAAUAAUGAUAACUCCUCACCCCAGUCUUUUGCUAGUUCUCCUUUAGCUGUGGCCGCUAGAAGCACCAGAGGGCAGGAUUCUUCAAGUAAUCAUGUUCAGUCUCAGGUAGUUGGUUCUAUUCAGCAAUCAAACCUUUCUCUUCGACCACAUUCUACUUCUGGAAUACAAAUUGGAAAAGGAAACAUGACUGCUGAAGUUUCAAGGCCAUUCAGGAUAUCAUCUCUGAAGAGACCUGCUUCUGAACCACUGUCAUCAACUGUCCAGAAUCAUCGCAGGAAGACCCUACCAACUCAGUUCAUACCCCCAUCAGUUCCAACUUGGAUGAGAUUGGCUCCAUCAGUCCCAAUCCCAGAUACACCCCUAGCCAUUUCACCCACAGUCCAUGGGGCCCAUUCUCUCACAACCCAAGCUACUCAAUCUUUUGUUCCUCCGAUAUUCCCUACAACUUGGAAUAAACUUGCUCUUCCAGCUCCAAACAUAACCCAGACAAUUCCUCCUGUAAUGCACAGAGCUCCAUUUCUUCUGCCUAAUGAUAAGAGAAUCUCAUCUUUCCACCCCUCAUCGUAUACUCCACCUCUUUCAAACCAACAAUUGAUGCCUCAGCCUUUGGCUCGCCAUCAUCUGAGGGCUCCAGUUAUACCAUCUGCUCCUAGUAUUGGUUCCGAUUACAUCAAAUUUAAAGAUCAAACACCUGAACCAAUUGGUUAUAAAUGCUUUUUGUGCAAGAGGGAUCUCUCCUACGCACCAGAAGGGCCUAUUUCACAGCCACCUGUUCCGCCUGCUGCUGCUGUCCUGUCAUGUGGCCACACCUUUCACGAUUAUUGCUUGGAGCGAAUCACCCCUGAUGACCAAUCCAAAGACCCUCCUUGCAUUCCUUGUGCUCUUCGCGAGUAAUGAAUUUGGUCUUACUUUUUGAAAUUUUCCAUUUUGAUCUCAAAAGUUCUUCAGUGGUAAGAUAAGAGCAAAAAUAGAAUUUUGGGGUAGAAUGGUUAGGUUAUUAUCUGAGUACACCAUAGUGAAGGUUAUUAUAGUAUUGGAUGUGUUUGGGUAAAUUAUUUAGUUGAACACUUAUUCAAUAACCUCUUCUUAUGCAAGAGCUUAUGAUAUAAUUUGAAUAUAAAAGAGCUUAUUUUGAAAAGUUAUAUUAAGAAACUUGUUGAAAUGAGCUAAAAGAACUUGUAAGAGUUAUC